AUGAGUGCUCGUGCCCGCAAUGACGACAGCAUGAACAUUGGCGAGCCGAGCUCCGCGCUCUCCGAGGCGUCAAUUAACUCGGGCGACGGCGAGCUUCCCGCGGCCUUCACGCUCGCGUGCCAGCUCGCGUUCACCGUGUUCGCACAUGCCGUUUCGCAUCCAGUUCCUGCGCGUGACGGACACUCUGCACCGCCAGCAUAUGCAGCGAUCCUGUUCACGCUCCUCGCUGUCCUCGCGAAGUCCGAGGCAGCACACGUACUGCUCGAGCGCGCGCCAUCGCACACCCUCAAGUGUGAGGAUGGUUCUAGCGAGCGCCUCGCGAGGUGUGGCGCGUUGCCGGAGGACUGGUGUUUGCGUGGUCUGGCAGAAGAGGGUGUCUCGCGCAAGAUGGAAGUUCUCGAUGAACGCGAGGGCGCAGAACUCGAGACUGACAAGGAACGCGUCGAGGAGGAGGGCAGUGAAGAAGAGGAAGAGCUCGGCAUCAGGCGGCUCGUACCUGGCUUCGAGUGGAGGGGCGGGAAGGAGUGGGCCAUCGACGGUGUAUUGCGCGAGAAAGUUGUGGCGUGGACUGAGAAGGAGGGGAGAGAGCGGGAGGAAGAGGAGGCGAGGAGGUCUCGCGUCAGGGGUGCGGAUCCGAUGGAGGUUGAUGAGGAUGAUGUUAUCGAGGAGGAUAGUGAGGAUGAUGAGAGCGCUCCUAAGGAGGUUCGCGCGCUUAAGGCGCGCCAACGCUACUUGCGCCCCCUUCUCCGACCAGCCGCCGCGCUGUCUCAGUCUUCACCCCGCAGGCAUACCCGUCACAAGGUGCCCACACUCCGCCGCUCACCGGGCUGCACAACACUCGUGCUUGACAUGGACGUUUUUCUCGCCACUCAAGAGCGCGUACGUGCGCUCAUCGAGAGCCAGCAAUGGGCCGUCAUUGUUCCCCUACCCGUAAUAAUGGAACUCGAUGGCCUCGCCUCUUCCUCUCACAACUCCGCCGACCCCUUCUCAUCCAAAUCGCAAGACCUGCUGCCUAUAGUACUUGAUUUCGUUCGCACUGUAGCCCAUUAUGAUGUAUUUGUGUACCUUAACCUCACUACAUGCUGGUCUGGCCGAAUCUUGUCCAAUUUCGUACCAAUCCUGCGAAUGCUGAGCCUCUACAAGCCCCAUCGAACAGCUCGUUAG